UGCAUGAAACGCUAACUGAAAAAACAAAAGAUCUAUAGAGAGAAAAAAUGGGAACAGCUAUCAAAUUCUUUCAGUUGAACACUGGUGCCAAAAUUCCUUCUGUUGGUUUAGGUACUUGGCAAGCUGAACCUGGUGUUGUAGCCGAAGCUGUUAACACUGCCAUUCAGGUUGGAUACAGACAUAUUGAUUGUGCUGAAGCAUACAGGAAUCAAGCAGAGAUUGGUUCUGCACUAAAAAAGCUUUUUGAGGAUGGUGUUGUUAAACGUGAGGAGUUAUGGAUCACCUCAAAACUAUGGUGUUCAGAUCAUCAUCCAGAAGAUGUGCCAAAAGCAUUGGAUAAAACUUUACAUGAUUUGCAACUUGACUACCUUGAUCUCUAUCUGAUCCACUGGCCAGUCAGCAUGAAAAGGGGAACAGGUGAAUUUAAGGCUGAAAAUCUUGAUCAUCCCGACAUACCCAGCACAUGGAAAGCAAUGGAAGCACUGUAUGACUCUGGCAAGGCUAAAGCUAUUGGAGUCAGCAAUUUCUCCUCAAAGAAACUUCAAGAUCUGUUGGACAUAGCAAGAGUGCCUCCUGCUGUUAAUCAAGUAGAAUUGCACCCUGGAUGGCAGCAGUCAAAGUUGCAUUCAUUCUGUGCAUCCAAAGGAAUCCAUCUAUCUGGAUACUCUCCUCUAGGCUCACCAGGAGUUCUCAAAAGUGACAUUCUCAAGAAUCCAGUUGUCAAAGAGGUUGCAGAGAAAUUGGGGAAGACAGCAGGACAGGUCGCCCUAAGAUGGGGUAUACAAGCAGGACACAGUGUUCUACCUAAGAGCACUAAUGAGGCUAGAAUCAAGGAGAAUUUUGGUGUGUUUGAUUGGUCUAUUCCCGAAGACUUGAUAGCCAAGUUUUCUGAAAUUAAGCAGGAUAGGCUAAUUAAGGGUACCUUUUUUGUUCAUGAAACCUAUGGUGCCUAUAAGACCGUUGAAGAACUUUGGGAUGGUGAAGUGUGAGCAAUAUGCAACAUUGAGACGGCGAAUAAUACACUGGUUCCACAGUAAAGCCAGAUACUAUUAUGAUUCCACUGCUUCCAUGAUAAAGCUAGAUGCUGUUAUGAUUCAUGUAUUUUUAGGUUAAGAGAAGGGUUAUUAUCUAUGUAACAACGACAAUUUAUAUUAAAGACGUCUCUAGUGUCGGACAUUUGUUGAUAUUUGACAUUGGCAGGAUAAUGAGACAUGCAGUUAAUUCAAUCACUUUUAUUUUUUAAAUUAUUACUUGUUGUCA